AUGAAGGAUAAUAACAUUCGAAUCAUUGUGGUUGGCGAUGCUGCUGUAGGGAAAACGUCCAUCAUUUCGACCUUCGUGUCGGAUCGAUUUGCCGAAAAUGUAGACCCCGUUCUGUGCGAAGUUGUGAUUCCAGGUGAAUGCACAACCAAUCACUGUUCCUUAACGAUAGUCGAUUCUUCAUCAAUUGAAGAAGAUCAUGAUAUUACUUGUGAACAAAUUCGUCUGGCAGAUGUUGUUAUGAUCGUCUAUUCGCUGGACAAGCCCCAUUCGUUAGAAAGUGUCACUACGAAGUGGAUUCCCCUCGUGAUCGAUAUUGGCGGUCCCCAGAAGCCUAUCGUCGUUGUAGGAAACAAAAUCGAUUUGGAGAAGAAUCCGUCCUCUAUGAACUCCAACACGCAUCUUCGAGAACACUCCGAAUCGAUUCUCUCCCAAUAUCCCAACGUGGAUUGCUGUAUGGAAUGCAGUGCCAAGAGUCGUCAGAACCUCACUCAGGUGUUCUACGCGGCUCAACGCACCGUGGCCUUCCCGAUCUCCCCCCUCUUCGACCGUUCCUCGCAAUCCCUGACCCCCGCGUUCGUCCGCGUUCUCCGCCGCGUUUUCCGCUUCUUCGACCGCGACCAGGACGGUCUCUGGAGCUUCGCCGAGCUGAACCUCUUCCAGAAGACCGUCUACCUCACCGAGCUUUCUCGCCAGGAAGUGGUUCUCCUCCACUCCGUGCUUCGCGAGCAAGACCCCGCCAGCAUCCGCGCCGACGGGCUCACCGAGGACGGCUUCUGCCUGCUUCUCCGGCUCUUUCUGCAGCGCGAUCGCACCGAGGCCGCUUGGCUGCUGCUCCGCUCCCUCCGCUUCGAUGCGCAGCUUCGCCCGCCGCCCGCGCCCGCGCCCGCGCAGCCCGGACCCGCUCCCGCGGUGCCCGAGUGGAGUUUCCCCGUUUCGCUGUUUCUGACGAGGACUGCGGAGCUGUUCGAUUCGGACGGAGACGGGUCGCUGGACCCCGCGGAUUUGGUGCGCCUGUUCGCCCCGCUGCCCCGCGGAAUGGCGCCCUGGAAAUUGGAGGAAGCGGGGGAGAGAGCGGAGAAUGUGGAAAGAGAGGAGCCUUUAAAUGAAUCGAAGUUAAUGAAUGAAACGAAUGUAUCGGUGAAUGAAUCGAAUUUGAUGAAUGAAUCAAACGCAUUGAAUGAAUCAAACGCAUUGAAUGAAUCAAAUCCAUCAGUGAACUCAUCCAUAAACGCAUUGAAUGAAUCGAACUCAAUGCAUGAAUCCAUGAAUCCAUCUAUAAACCCAUCAAUGCAUGAAUCAAUGAACCCAUCAAUGAAUCCAUCCAUGAGCCCAUUCACUUCAUCCACUUCGCUCACCCACGCGGAGUUUUUGGCUUUGUGGGACGCGCUGCUCUGCGUCGAUCCCGCGCUCGCCGUCCGAGCCGUUCUCCAGCUCGGAUACUUCGCCGAUCCCCGCGGGAUGGUCGAGUGGAAACGCCCCGCCCAGAAGGAGCGACGCAUCGCCUGGUGCCGCGGGGAAGGCCCGCUUUUCGCCGCGCUGGCGCAGCGAAUUCGCACGCGAACCCUCGUGGAACCCGCGCGAGUGGCCAUCGCCCUGCUCCCGCGGGGAGACCGCAGACGCACUCUCUGCUUCACCGACAGCGAUGAAUUCCCGCGGGACUUGGAAAUCGGGACGUUCGACGUCGCCGACCUCUCGUCGUUUACCGCGUGCACCGAGUCGAUUCCCGCGGGGAUCCCUGUCAUAUUGGUGGGAAUGCGCAGUGAAACGCCCGAUAAAGUGGGGAAACGUGGAAUUGUGGAACGUAGACGGGAGAUGAAGCGAGUGUGA